AUGGGUACUGUAUUCAUAUCGAAACGUCUGUCGGACGAUCGAAUUGACCGUUGUGUGUGGGAUCCGAGAGUACGGUACGAUACGAGCAGAUUCCGAGGAUCUGUUUUCUUCCCCGAAAUGAUCGCUCAACCUCGCUAUGGAGACAAAUCAAAUGCGGGCGUUGCUGUCGCUUGCCAUGUCAGCAGAGAUGAGAUCGGCAGUGGCUUGAACGAUGCCCGAGCACUCACAAGAUGUCUGUUCGAAGAGCAGGAUGAUUGUGCCCGACCGUCGCAUAAUGGAAUAGAGCAUGUGAAAGGGACGUAUGAUGAUGACCCCGGUCACACUGUCGCUUUCAUGACCGCCGAAUGCUACGACAACGUGACGAGGUGGAUGGACAGCAAGGUAACUUACGGUCACCCACGGCGAAUCCUCGCAUUCUGCCUCGUCAGCUGCUGUCCUGCGGUGUAGUACCGUACAUCAAGGCCUCCUUUCGUGAUCAUCGCUCUCCGGCCAACGAGCCGGUCGCGAGAUGUGAUGACACCCUGAACGGAAAAGGCAGGACAAAGGCUAACCUAACGCAUGUGAAGAAAACGUUUUCCUUUACUAUUGCAGUAGGCUGGUUGGAUGAAACCGUACUGUUGAACCUUGGAUGCCCGGUUGUCUUGCUCGGCCCAGGACGAAUCCGCGGUGUGGCGGCAUAUGCUCCAGCUGUCCUGGGCUGCUGUCAGCUGUGCCUAUUGCGCAUAGGGGGCGCUUUCUCCUUCCGAGGCAGCCCAACAACGGUCAAACUGUCAAACUGGGCAGGCUGCGCCUCCGCGGUGCA